ACGAUUAAACCUCAUUAUAGACUCAACUAUAGAGUUGGGUUGCUAUUUUAAUACCAAUUUACCGUAGAUUUGUAAUCAUUUUCGGCUUGUCCAUCUACCUGGCAGCAGUUUACCGACAUUCAUUGCCCAAUAUGAAAUUUGCAAGGGAAGUUUUUUUACUGGUGUCUUUGGCUUGCUUUGUUUCAGCCAAAUAUGAAGGAUACCAGGUUUGGAGGAUCACUCCCAAAACAGAGAAACAAAUCGAAUGGCUCCACUACAUUGAAGAAAAUAUGGGUGAAGAGUUUGAUUUUUGGACCAGCGUUUCAAAAAUUCCCGGUCACCCUGUCGACAUAAUGGUACAACCCAACCGCCAGACCAAUUUACACGUGCUCCUGAAGCAAGAAAACUUAGACCUUGACAUUAUGAUUAAUGACGUCAAUACGCUGGUAACCAAUCAAAUGGCUGAGAUCCUUGAAAGGCGCCGAGCAAAUCGACAGUCUGUCGGGACACGUUUAGACAACUUCGAUUACAAUAUGUAUCACACUUAUGAACAGAUCCAGCAAUGGGUAGCAGACAUGGCCAGUGAAAAUAGUGACAUCAUCGAACCAUUCCUGCUCGGAUAUUCGUGUGAAGGCAGGGAAAUCAACGGGUUCAGGAUCCGCGGUACUGGAAGCCAGAAUCCCUACCCAAAAGCUGUCUGGUUUGAGGGCGGUAUUCAUGCUAGAGAAUGGAUCUCACCAGCUACAGUCAUGGGGUUUACACACAAGCUUAUAGAAGAAUACCGAUCCGGGGACAAUCUUGUUUUGAGGAUGUUUGAUAACAUAGAUUGGUACAUCGUGCCUUCUCUGAACCCCGAUGGGUACCACUAUACAUGGACAAAUGAUCGAUUGUGGCGGAAGACCCGUUCAAAAUACGAGGGUGAGGCGUGUACCGGAACCGAUCCGAACAGGAAUUGGCCUUUCCAGUGGGGAGGUGUCGGGACCAGCCCGUUCUCAUGUUCUGAAAUCUACCACGGCCCUUCGGCGCUCUCUGAGAUUGAGACUUUCAACGUGGUUGCGUUCUUGCGGGAUAGAUGGAACGAGGGUCAGGAUUUCUUGAUGUUUAUUGAUUGGCAUAGCUAUUCCCAGGUCAUCAUAGCGCCCUGGUCCUACCUUGAUUCUAAUCCAAGAACCGACGACUACCAAGAUCAGAUGGAUAUGGCUGAGGCAAUGAGCGAUGCCAUUCGUGCAACCUCAUCGAAAGAGUAUGGCAUGGGUGCAGGAGCUGAAAUAUUGUACCCUGCAGCGGGAUCAAGCAAGGAUUUCGGCUAUGCUGCUGUGCCUGUCAAUCCAUGGGACUACAGCAGCGGAGGGAUGGGAGCCAAGUACUCCUACACGGUUGAGCUUCGUGACACCGGCGAAUAUGGGUUCCUCCUACCCGAAGACCAGAUACAGGACACCUGCGAUGAAAUACACGCGGCCGUGCGCGCCAUCGGCGAUCGUCUUCUCACCGAGAUCGGCGCUUAAAUUGAGAUCAACCACGAUCAAACAGUCACAGAAGCGAAAACGAGGCCAGGGCCUCGUAACACAAAGCUUAGCGACGAAUAGCAAAUAUGUAAGAACACUUCUGAUUGGUUCCUGGUCAGUAUUUUAACCAAGUGCGCGCAUAACAUUGAUCUAGAUUGGCCAGUCCAUUUAGCGAUUCAUCGCUCAUCUUUGUGUUGCGGAGCCCUGGACGAGCAAAGCUUCAAUGACAACAUACCAGUCAAUGUGACUUUAGCAUAAGAGAGAGAAAACCUUUCUUUAAAUUACUUUAUGUUUCCGUUUUAAAUCUUAUUAAAGGAGAAUGAAACUCUUGGAGCAAGUUAGCUUUUGUGAAAGCAGAAAAAUCAAAGAAUAAGAUAAACAAAAGUUUGAGUAAAAUAGGACUAGCAAUAGAAGAGUUAUGAGCAUUUGAAUGUCGAGAUCACUAAUGCUAUGGAGAUCCUCCCAUUGGCAAUGCGACCAAGAUCUAUGAUGUCACAGAUGAACAACUCUCCCCUUUUGGACACUGAAAAUAUACCCCAAAACAUCUCUUUUUGCUCAUUCUAAUCAUAUGACAAACGAUUCAUCAAUGAUAUAAUGUUGUGAAACAUCUGUACUUGUCCUCUCAUAAAGAGAACACCUCACCUUGUGAUAGACUCUAUAAAAGUGAGAAUAUAAGUGAAAUAAGUACUAAAGUAAUGAGGGAGUUGUACGUGUGUGACAUCACAGAUCUUGGUCGCAUUGCCAAUGUGAGGAUCUACAUGGCAUUAGUGAUCUCAAUAUUCAAAUGCUCAUAACUUUCUUAUUAUUCAUUCAAUCUUCCUCAAACUUUCAACAAUAUGUUUCUUUGAUUUUUUUCUUUGAUAUGGAUUCAGCUGGUUUCAAGGGUUUCAUUCUCCUUUAAACACAUGGAUAAUGCUAUACUUUGUUUUGUGGAAUUGAAAAUAGACUUGACAUAGUUUAAUUAAAUUUUUGAUUUUGAUUUCAUAAUUAAGGGGUAAAACAUUAUCGCAAGAGUGGUAAAUAGAUUUGUUAAUGUUCAUCUUUAUUCAUAUUGAGUGUAUUAGCAAUUAUCACACAAUUUUGUCAAUAUUCAAAAGGACCAUUAUUAUACCAGAGCAAAUUCACGAAAAAUCCUGGCAGAGUGAUAUCGUAGUAUAGUAUAACUAAUUCUGUGUUUUUGCUUUCUUGUGCGAGACUCAUGGUAAAUAAUAAGAAAAUGUGAGAUAUUACUAUUUUCGUCACAGUUAGUAGGUUAAGUAUACACAUAUACGAGGAAGUCAAUGUUUGUAGGGGUAUAUACAUCUACUUAGUUGUUAUUUCAGCCCACACGCUCACUUCUAGGAAGGCAAAAUUACUCAAAAGCCGGUCAGUCGAAUAACAUUUGAGAAACAACUAGAAAUGAACAGUGGCACCUUAAAAAAAUGAUAAUCUAGAAUAAUAUUGGGGAUUUAGAUUGAAAUCUGUACUCCAGUAGUUAGAGGGCAAGAAAGAGAAGGGUUCCUCGAUCGUGCCUCUGAUGUGGUUGGCGAAAUAAAAAAAUUGGGACAUAAAGUCACAUUUUAUGAGAUUAUAGCUAGUUAACAGUAUCACCAUUCAAAAACAGAGAUGAAAUAAAACUUUGGAAUGUCUAUUCACGC